GAUUUAUUGACAUUUUUAUGGUUGAUCAAAGGUGUAGUGUACAGUGAAUUCUGACCAGCUACUGAUAUAAUUUAUAUUGACUGCUCACUAGCUGGCAUGGCUACUGAUGAUGAUGACUACAAUCCCUUCUCAGAGGAAGACCUCCAGAAAAUACUGCAUGAGGAGAAGGAGAGCAGUCGUGAGGAAGGGUGGAAGUUUCUGAGGAAGAAUGACCUUUGUGAAAUAUGGUGGAAGAAUGAAGAAGACACACCAGUGCAUCUCAUCAAGGGAUUCCUCUCCUUUCCUGGCAUACCUCCAGACAAAAUUGUUGAGCUUCUUCAUGACUUGGAGAGACGCAAAGAGUGGGACACAGCCUUUUCUAGCAUCGAUCUCGUGGAAACACACAAGCACUACAGGGUGGUCUACUGGCUGGCCAAGAUGCCGAUUGGUGUGACCAACAGAGACCUUGUCCAGCACAUAGGUAUGAGGAGAGAUGAGGCUGCUAACAUGACCUACUUUCUCUACAAGAAUGCCACUCAUGAGAAGUACCCCGCUGGAGAUACCGGGACCAUCAGGGCUGAAACUAUUCUCUCUGGUGUGAUUGUACGGCCUGACCCCAGCGACUCUAACUCCACCAAGAUGUCAAUUCUGCUACAGACGGACAUGAAGGGAUUGAUCCCUCAUUUGAUUUCCAAUGCUUUUGCUUCCCAUGCUCCUGGGAGGUGGAGGGACAGUCUAGAGAAGCACUGUCACGAGCAUUAUGUUGGAAAAAACUAAGGGAAUCUGGGCGAAUAAUAAUGCCACCCAGGAGACAAUAAUUCAUGGACUAAUUUUUAUUGAUAAUUUUUUGCAAUCAUGCAUAUCUUCUGUACUGUAUAGACCGUUGCUUCAUUUGAAUGGUUAA